AUGUCCGAAGAAAGGCGUCGAAUGUUACUAGCGCUAGCAGCCGUUUGCAUAUAUGACAAAGAGAGAGAAAAGAAAAAUAGAAGAUGUAGGGCGAAAAAAUGGUUACUUCAAAGACCAAGAUAUUCGCAUAUAAAUUUAAUGGCCGAGCUAGCACUACAAGAACCGAACGAUUUUAGAAACUAUUUACGAAUGGACUUUUGUACAUAUCAACAGUUGUUGUCUCUGUUGGAGCCAAUGCUAAAAAAACAAGAUACGUGCAUGAGAAAAGCGAUAACAGCUCAUGAACGAUUAUCAGCUACAUUGCGAUUUCUAGCAACCGGACGAUCUUAUGAGGAUUUACAAUACAGCGUUGCAAUAUCUAAGCAAUCUCUAAGCAAGAUAAUUCCAGAAACAUGUGAUGCGAUCAUAGCUACAUUGCAAGAAGAAUAUUUAAAGUUUCCUGAAACUGAAGAAGAAUGGUUAGACAUAGCAAAAACAUUUGAAGAAAGGUGGCAGUUUCCUCAUUGCUUAGGAGCUAUAGACGGGAAACAUGUAAAAAUUGUGCCCCCAGCAAAUAGUGGAUCAUAG